CCUGUGUCAUCUACACCUCUGUCUCCAUCCUGCAUCUCCAGCCUGAAGCCAGCGGGCUGACUUGGCCUCUCUCUCCCCAGCUCCCUUCCCCCUGAGAGCCCACCCCCAGUGCCCCAGUCCCUUGCCCUCCCCUCCCCGGUACCCAGCAUCACUUGGACAGACCUCACCGCUGUUGCCGCAGCCACCUCUGCGUCCAUCCACACCGCCGCCUCCUCAAGGCCAGCAAAAUGCAGUUUGAGAUGCACGACAACGUGAAAGGCAAAGCUAUGUCCUACCCAGUGACCACGCAGCCCCAGUGUGCCAGCACCUGCUACCAGACCCAGCUCAGUGACUGGCACACGGGUCUCACUGACUGCUGCAAUGACAUGCCCGUCUGUCUGUGCGGCACUUUCGCUCCCCUGUGCCUCGCCUGCCGCAUCUCCGACGACUUCGGCGAGUGCUGCUGCGCGCCCUACCUGCCCGGAGGCCUGCACUCCCUGCGCACUGGCAUGCGCGAGCGCUACCACAUCCAGGGCUCCGUCGGGCACGACUGGGCGACCCUCACCUUUUGUCUGCCCUGCGCCCUCUGUCAGAUGGCGCGGGAACUGAAGAUCCGAGGGUAACGCCGUUCCCGCCUUCCUCCUACUUCGCCGCUGCUCACACCCGGCAUCCUCUGACCCCUUCGGGAAGAGUCUGCCCUGCCGCCCUUGUCCCACUGCCAAACAUACACCCACAAUAAAAACCUGAAAACCUA